AUGGAGGCGACCAGGGACGGCAAGAUCCAGGAUGGCCGGAUAGCGCUGUCCACAGCUCUUUGGGACACCAGCUUAGAAAUGCCAGGUCGUCAGGAUGCUACUGAGGUCGAUGCACGGGAUGCCAACACCCCGGACAAGUGGAUCAAACGUCAUCCCGACAUGCUACGCAACACUGGGAUGCAUCCUUUCAACUCGGAGCCACCUCUCAAGAACUUGCAGGCAGCUGGCUGGAUUACACCCCCGGCUUUGUAUGUGGUCCGAAACCAUGGAGCAGUGCCACAGCUUUCCUGGUCCGAGCAUCGACUGAAGAUCACGGGAGUCCCAAAGCCAGUGGACCUGAGCAUGGAGCAGAUUGCAUCUGGUGAAUGGGGCACCAUUGUGUCGAUCCCAGUGACCUUUAUCUGUGCCGGGAACCGGCGCAAGGAGCAGAACCUCACCAAGAAGACAGUCGGAUUCGAUUGGGGAGCCGGAGCCGUCGGGAACUCCGUGUGGACAGGAGUCCGCCUGUGCGACGUGCUGGCAGCGGUUGGAAUCACGCGGCCUUCGAAAGAGCAUCGCUUCGUCCAUUUCGAAGGUCCUCUGGGUGAGUUGCCUCAGGGAAAGACGGGAUCAUACGGCACUUCCAUCGAUUUGGGCUGGGCGCUGGACAGGGAGCGAGAUGUGCUACUGGCCUUCAAACAAAAUGGAGAGCUGCUUACCCCAGACCAUGGAUUUCCCCUGCGCACGCUCUUGCCUGGUUGCAUCGGUGGCCGGAUGAUCAAAUGGCUCUCCAGUAUGUGGGUUUCCGGUUACGCCUACACCGGUGGAGGUCACAAGAUCAUCCGAGCAGAGAUCUCCUUGGAUUCGGGUAAGUCUUGGGAGAUCACUGAGCUCCAAAGGCCAGAAGAUGAGAUCGCAGAAGCGCGUGGCACUGACAAGCACUGGUGUUGGGCUUGGUGGGAGACGGAGGUUGACAUGAGCCGUCUCUUGGAUAGCGCGUGCGAAGAGAUUUGCUGUCGCGCUUGGGAUUCCAAUCAGAAUUGUCAGCCUGUGCAACUCACUUGGACGGUGAUGGGCAUGCUGAACAACCCCAUUUACCGCAUCAAGAUCCACCGCGAAGGCAGCCGGAUGUGGUUCGAGCAUCCAACUCAAGGCUCUAUGCCAGGCGGCUGGAUGACUGAUCAAGCGGGGCAAUUCAAUGAAAGCUUUGCAGUGGAGGCAACACCGGGGAAGACUGGCGUGGCUCCAUCGCGGCCAGUGGCUGCAGUGUGGAAGGGCGCCAAGAUAGACUCCGUAAGUGCUGCGGGUGCCGCUUCUACCAGCCAAGCUGCGGCCACUAGGCCCACCAAGGCAGGCAAGUUGGUGCAGUCCACGGAGGAGUGGCUUGCGGGAAUCAGCAUGGAGGAAGUCAAGAAGCAUGACAACGAGAACAGCUGCUGGUUCGUCGUGAAGGGUAACGUCUAUGAUGGCACUCCCUAUCUGCAAGACCAUCCCGGGGGAGCUUCCUCCAUCCUUCUUGCCGGUGGUCUCGAGGCCACCGAGGACUUUGAAGCAGUGCAUUCCACGCACGCUUGGGAGAUGCUGAAGGACUACUACAUGGGCCCAUUGAAGGCAGCUUCGACAGAAGCUCAAGCUGCCCUAAUUCUACCGAGCUUUGGGAGAGUGAUGCUCAGCUUGCUUGCAACGCCGCUGUGGGGGCUGAGAGCUCUCUUCACUCCUUUCGGUGGUCUCCGAGCUCUCCUCAAGCCUUUCAGGUCACCUGCGCCAUUCUUGAAUCCCCGAGAGAGCCAACAGCUUGAGCUUUCAGAGAAGAUCGUUGUGAGCCACGACACCCGAAUCUUCCGCUUCAAGCUGCCUUCUCCGUCAAUGACGCUGGGGCUUCCCACCGGCAUGCACAUGACACUGAAGGCCAAGGUGAAUGGCAAGCCAGUGAUGCGAGCGUACACACCCAUGACAGAUGACAGCACCAAAGGACAUGUCGACCUGCUUGUGAAAGUCUACUUCAAGGGUGUGCACCCUAGCUUUCCGGACGGUGGCAAGAUGUCUCAGCACUUGGACAGCAUGAAGAUUGGGGACUCCAUCGAUGUCAAGGGACCCAUCGGCGAGUUUGUCUACAAAGGCAAGGGCCAAUGCCUUGUGAAUGGAAAGCCUCGCUUUGUCUCUGAGAUGUCAAUGAUCGCUGGCGGCACCGGCAUCACGCCAUGUUACCAGGUGCUGGCAGCAAUCCUCCGAGAUCCGGAAGACAAGACCACGGUGCGACUUUUGUUCGCCAACCGGACGCCCGAUGAUAUCCUUGCACGAGAUGUGCUUGAGGAGUUGGCAGCCAAGCACCCUGACCGCUUCAUGCUGAGCUUCACCGUCGACAAGGUCCCUGAAGACGAGAAUGUGAGCCCCUCUGAUGAGAAGAACUCCAAGUCAGCGUGGACAGGUCACGUAGGCUUUGUGACUCCAGCAAUGGCCGAUGCAUGUUUGUUUCCCGCCAGCAAGAACACUGUGUGCUUGAUGUGCGGGCCUCCGGUGAUGUUAGAGAAAGCUUGCAUUCCAGCCUUGCUAAGCAUGGGCUACCAGGAUUCCAACAUCUUCUCAUUCUGA